UGAAGAAAGGGCUAGAAAUUGGGAGUCCUUGCUAGUUGCCAUUUGCUGCUGCGCAGCCGGUCUUGCUGGUUUGCUCAAGCGCAUCUCUGACAUCACUGGGCUAGAGUACUAAUGCUGUGCGAAGGGGAUAAUGCUGAAGCGCAAUGUGUGAGCGCCUGUGUACUCUCCUAGGUACUGCUGCCUUGGCUCAUUGUCCAUGAAAGGAAGUAGCACUAUGGAGAGCUCUUUUUUCCGCUCUGACUGCAUGGAGCCUCUCUCCCUUCAGAGGCUCCCAUAUGUUCCUCUGGGUACAAUUGGAGCCAGGAGCAGAGCCCUGGCAGAGAGAUCAUGCAGAGAAAGCGAAGGUGGUAUUCAGGUUUUGGAAAUGAGAAAAUUUAAGGCCUUCAUCUAAUAGCAAUGAUAAAGAAGCGUAGAAUUGCCCAGGGGUCUACAUUCUUUCAGAUUAUACUCGCAUCGGGCAUUUUCAUCAUCAUAGGUGCAAGAUCACUGGACCCAUAUUUAAAAAUGGAAGUUGACAUUAAUGGAGAAUCCAGGUCUAUCCUAGCUACUCUCCCCUUGCCUAUUCCCGAGGUGAGUGCCACAGGCAAGUCAGAUGCCGAAAAACCUCGCUGCUCCAGCACUCCAUGUUCACCAAUGCGUCAGACUGUUUCAGGCUAUCAGAUCCUUCACAUGGAUUCUAACUAUUUGGUUGGCUUCACAACUGGGGAAGAACUUCUGAAAUUAGCCCAAAAAUGCACUGUAAGUGAGGAGAAUAAAGUAGAAGCGGUGGUGCCUACCUUGCGCUCCAAACAACUUGAUUCGGGACUUUCACGUUCCUCCCGGGUGUGUAAAGCCAGAAGCCGAUAUUACCAGCCUUAUGAGAUUCCAGCAAUCAAUGGGCGUAGAAGGCGACGAAUGCCCAGCUCAGGGGAUAAAUGCACCAAGCCACUACCUUAUGAACCCUAUAAGGCUUUACAUGGUCCUUUGCCUCUUUGCCUUUUCAAAGGUAAAAGGGCUCACUCUAAAUCCCUAGACUACCUCAAUUUAGACAGAAUGAACAUCAAGGAACCAGCUGACACAGAAGUGCUUCAGUAUCAGCUUCAACACCUCACCCUAAGAGGGGACCGUAUGUUUGCUAGGAACAACACAUGAAGAUUAAUUUUCCUUGGUUCUUCAUUGCAUCAGAUCCACUUUACAAUUUGGACAGUCAUACACCUGGCAGUUGAUUAUUUCAGCAAAGUCUUAGCAGACCAUACUUUAUAGAGUAAGAGGAUGAAGAUGCCAGAGAGAAAAUAAUGUGGAAGAGGUUACUGGAAAGGUCUGACUGCAAAUAUAUUUAGAAUACUAUAAGAAAACAAGGGUUUGCACAUGGAUAUGUAGAAUUUAUGGCGAUUUAACACUCAGAAACUGAUAUACUGUGACCUGUGUUUCUGACUGGGCUUGCUAUACAAAACUACUCAUGGAUAAGCACUGAAAUAUACUCAUAAUAUUGAAAAUGUGUAUAUGCAAAGACUCUUGCAUUAUAGGGAAAAAAAUUGACUAAGACCAUGUGUUCUUUAAAAUAACCCAGUUUACAUUUAUUGUAACUGGUUUUGCACUGGAAAUAGGGGUAAAAAAUCACUGAUGACAUAAUGAUGACAUAAACCUAGGUACUUUAAGUUACUGGAGCCAGCUUUUUUCAUUGUUCAAAUUAAUUUGUGUAAUUUUUUAAAAAAAGUUAAAAUACGUGUUGAAGGAGAAAAAUGGAAACUAUUGGAAGGUUAACUGAUUUCAAUUUCAUACCUUCUUUUUAAAAAAAGAAAAAAGAAAAGAUUGUCUUAAGACCUACAUAGAGACCUUUAUGUUAGGUGUAUAUACAUAGAGAAUACCGGUAUUUGCAUUUGCAAUAUCAUAAUGAAUUUUUAGUUUUUAGUGCCACCAUUUGACAGAAAGUCUAAUUAGACCACAUUUGAGCACUUCAUCUGAACAUUCCAGUUGAUUUACACACCGAUUGCUGCUUUAAAAAUAAAAUAAAAAAUCUUGAUUUGGGGUUUGUUUGAAAGGAAAAAGAAACCUUGAAGGUUUCUACUAGAUUGUGUUUUUGUCAGAUGCACUGGCUUAAAAUGUUUUUUUUAGAAAUCAUCUCUGAACGAAUUCUAAUUUAACUUAUCAAUAGCAUUUUAAAAUAAUCUGUAAUGUUUUUGUUUAAUCUCUUUAAGAUGUGCUGCAUAUUACUGAAGCAUUGUGCAACCAUGUUAAGUUUUUGGUCUGUAAGUUAUUUAGAAGUGAAAGCUUACAUUUUAGGGAUAGAAUAAAGGGAUUUUAAAUUGUUUGUGAAACAAAAUCAUUUUUAAAUCAUUCCUGGUGGCACAGUUUUAGCUUUCCUGAAUGGAAAGACUGGAAGGGAAGCAGAGAGCACAUGUUUUGGAAGCUUAGAAUUCUUCUCCACUGACACCCUUUUCUCACGGUUAUGUCCACCUUGCAGUGCAGAAUCUGUGGAUAGAUUUUGUUUUACUCUGAGAGAAUGCUUGUAAUUUUUACAAAAAGUCACACUACUGUAUUGCAGUGAGGAAAGAUUUCAUGAGAAACUGUUCUAUAUAAUCUUUAGUGUGACCAGACAAGUAUGGUCCAAUGCCAAAGAGAGGGUUUUUACAUUUAUUGAUUAAACAUUAUUUAUUGAUUUUACCCUAUAAAAUGACAUUGUUGACUAUGAAAUAAAGGGGCGAUGUGCAUACCUUU